AUGAAUAACUUGAAAUCUAUCAAUGUUUCAUUUGAAACCCAUCAAACACAACCUCCUAGUAGAUCUUCUAUCCAAAUCCUAGAUUCAUCAAUCCAAAGUCUAAUAAGAUCAUGGCAAAGAAGGCAAAGGUGGCUACAUGUUUUCGCCACAUCAAUUCAACACCAACAAGUUAUGAACAAUAAUGCACCAUGGAGGAACCAUUUGGCCAAUUUCCUACAAUCAAAUUGGGUUCAUUUGUUUUCAAUCUCAUUGCUCAUUGUGGACCUCAUCAUCACAAUUCUUGAGCUAUCUUCAUCUUUGGUUUCACCAUGUCAUCAACAAAGGGUGAACAAGGUAGAUAAACUUGGUCUACAUUGGAUUGGAAUUAGUAUCCUUAGUUUACUUUCGUUAAAGUCUAUGGCUUUGCUAGUGGGGUUAGGCUCCUCAUUCUUUAAGCAUUUUGGGUAUGUUAUGGAUGGAGUUGUGACCAUUGUGGCUCUGUUUUUGGAAGUGUUUCUUGAGAGAAAAGGAGGUAGUUUAUUGAUUGUAGUGAGUUUGUGGCGUGUGAUUAGAGUGGUGGAGAGUGUAUAUGAGUUAAGUGAUGAAACAAUUGAAGCUCAAAUUGAAGGUAUAGUUUGUCAAUUUGAGGCACUCAAAGAAGAGAACAUGAGGCUCUUAGAAACAAUCCAAGAAAAAGCUCAAGAAGGAUUUGGAUAAAUGUAGGCAUUGAAUUUGAAGCCCCCCAACCAAAUCAUGAAUUCAAGAAAUUUUGAUGUUCACAUUGUGACCUAUUUAUUGGUUAAAGGCAUUUUCAAUUCUCCAUCAAUGACUAUU